AUGAGUAAAUUGGAUGAUUUACUGGCCAAGAAAAAGACUGUUGUGCCUGUCUUGGAUCUGAGUCGCAGUAAUAUUCAGUCUACUGAGGAAUUUAAGCGACAAAUGGAAAAGGUACCAGACUAUAAGAUGCGGCCAAUUAAAGUGCGUGCCGAGGAGAUAAAGAUACGCGAAAAGGAUUACUCCUUCAAGAUGCCCAAGAAGGAAAUGCGUAAGCUGCUGAAGAGCAAUGGGGAAAGAGAUACUCUCUAUACGUACGCGGAUCCAGUGCCCGGGGAGAUGAAGGAUGUGGUGCUUAUGGAACUGUGUGCAGUACCCAUUGACUGGAAGAUGUUGACCACAUUGCGACCCAAGUCCAAACAGGAGGAGGAAUACUUCAGUCGCAUGGUCGAAAUGGGAAAACUAGAACUAAAAACCGAGGCAAAGGAUCGACGUGAAUUCGCGCUCAACAAUUGCAUCAAGAAAAUUAAGAACAAAUCGGGAAUUGUCGAAACGCGGCUCAUAACCUGCGAAUCCUGCGGCGAGGAAAUGUGUUGGGGCAAAUCGUGUGGCGACUUUAAUUACGAUUUAUAUAUUCGCGUUGAGACCAAAGUCCUUAAGCCAAAACCUCUGGCAAUAUCAUCUAAUAAAACCAAACUAAAUGGACGCAAAAAGUCAACCAUAGGUGGCACCAAAGUUAAGGUCAAGAAAUCAGCAAGUACCAAAUAG